UGAACUUUAAGUCAUUUUGGAAUCAACUUCGUAACAAUAUCUUUGUAAAUUGUUUCUAAAUUUUUUGGAUUGAUUUGAAAUUUUUUUAUGAAUGGACUAGUACGUUUAUUAUCCGGCAGCGAGCCGGGGUCCACAUCAAACCAGAAACCAUUAAGUCUCAGGGAAGAGUUUCGCCUUCAAAGAUUUGGCCUGCAGCACGAUGAACCCAGGGACUUUAUGCGCUCGCAAUGGCAAUCGAAGCCGAAAUCGGUUGGCUUUCUGGUCUAUCGCUGGCUAAUGGGUGGCUUCUUUAGUACCGGCGUAGUUAGUUACAUAAUUAAGUAUUUCCAGGGAGGCCACUGGCUCAUUUAUUUGACUAACUGGGGAUUCCUUUUUUGCGGCGUAACCAGCGUAACAGGAGCUGUUCUUGUGACUCUCUAUCAUCGGCAACCCGAUAAUUGGGUACCGCCUAGUAAACUCGUUAAGUUCUAUUGGGCUUGUUAUUGGAUAAACCUCACAAUUGCAUUUGUGACUUCUCUGACGUAUUGGUCCGUCAUUUACCCAUUGGACCGAAGCCCUGAUAAUCCAACUCGGGUGUCAGAUCUUUACAACCUAUGGACCCAUGCCGCGCCGCCCAUUUUUUUCACCGUCGAUCACUUGGUAGUGGCUCAACCAUCACGUUUACUACAUUUCAUUUAUCCUUUAGGGCUGUCACUGUUUUACGCUGGAUUCACAUUGGUCUUCUACGCACUGGGAGGAGUAGAUUUAAACGGACGUCGCUAUAUAUAUGGUUUUCUGAAUUAUGCAAAACCAAAAAGAGCAUUCAAGACCAUUGCUAAAAUCUGUAUACUGAUUGUGACACUUUCUAGUUUUCAAUAUGGACUAUAUCGUUUCAGAUUGUUCAUGGCAAGGAAACUUGGCUUUUCUUCUAUUUCUGAAUAGUUAACAGGGAAAUCAACAUCAAAUAAAUACAUACCACUUUAAA